GGCACACACACUCGCAACGCGCUUCUCAGCCAGCUCAAUUCAGCUCCGGAUUCCGCUUGCCACCAGCUUUUGAACGCGUCAUUAAUCGCAUCGUGCCACAGGAGCCUCGAAUCAGUUUUCCCAGCAACGCGCGCACUUUUCCCGCCUUGGACCACCGAUUAAGGUCCCUUGUUCUUUCUUUCCGCCUUAUUGCUUCGGCCUGUGCGUUUGCAUUUUAAUGUUUGCUUAAGCAUUCCGUUCCAAAAUCCAAAAUCCGGUCAAACCAAUCCCGGCGAUAAGAAAGUACAUUCCAAACGGAGAGCUCCACGCGGAAUUGUUCGACACAAAAGUGAAUUACAAAUCAAUUGAGAAAGCCCGCGGCAGCGAGACAUAGAGCACACAUCGAAUCCAAUUCAAAAGUGAGGCACUAGGAAGCAAAAAAAGAGUCCCGUAUGAGUAACAGCGCCAUGGUGGCCGUGGCCAUAUGCUGCAUCCUCGUCCUGCUGGCCGUCUUCAUCGUGAUCAUCAUAGUGGUCGGCCAGACCAUCGAGGAGCCCAAAUGAGACAUGCUCCAGCUGGGACCUGGCAACUUCCCAGAUGGAUAACAGAGGCCCCCACAAAAUUGUUAGUUUGCUGGGGCCGCCAGCAAAAAUUUCGUUGCCACCUCAUCAGCAUCUGCAGCAUCCGCAAAAUCAUCAUCAACAACAUUUUCACCCGGCUGAAAAAUUAGCAGAGGAAACAGAAGGAUCAGGAGGAGGAGAAGGAGAAGCAGGAGUGGAGUGUAGUGGAGUGGAGGAAAUGCGUCCCAUCGUCAGUAUCCAUUGGCUGUGAUGUGAAAUUUUUUGAAUUUGUGAAGCAAAAAUCAAUCGAAAAUCAACCCAACACAAAAGGAGCUACUAAAUUUUGGAACAUUCCGCAUCCUAAGAACACACACAUCUUCAUGUAGCAUUUCUGUGUGUUAAGUGUUGUUAAUAUAAAUGUAUAUAUAGACACACAAUCUAUGAAUACAAAAAUAUAUAGGUAUCUAGACAUACUUACGUAAUUAUAUAUGAAUAUAUAGAUAUAUAUAUAUAUAUGUGUGUAACCCAACCGUCGUAAAGUUGCGUUCUUUUUUAUAAAAGUGUUGUUAACAAACCGAUUUUUAUUGAUGUUUUAAUGAUGUUGAAUACAACAUAUACGAGCAUAUAUACAUGCAUACACACACGAAAGUGGAAUAAGUUUACAUUAAAAGUCCAGCGAUGUCAGAAUUGAGGAGCGGAAACCCAAGAAGCCGAAAAGGAUGCGAAGGAUUAUGGAUUCGAAGGAGCAGGACAAUAGGGAAUGCAACUGUAGAGCUCAAUUGUUUAUUAUACCGUAAGAUCAUAUCAAUUCGGAAUGAUGCCAGCAAUUGCACUUGUUAAUUGCACAGCAAUGAAGGUAAAUCCCUUGCGGGAUUGUCAGCGGGAAACCUGGAGCAUAGAUAUAGCUAUCUAAAUAAAUGGAAGAUAUGGAUUAUAGAACAGAGGAGAUAUGCAUUUUAUAUAUCAAAAAACUUUUGGAUAAGUUUUACGUGUACGUGUACCUAGGAGUAGCCAAAUCUCGUGUAUACAAUAUAAGCUGUUAUCAACUAUGAAACUUACUCACUUGAAACCAAAUGAACUAGCCAACUUUAAGCCCCACAAACUGUAAUUUAAUUAAACCUCCAACCAAACAAACAACUACUCCAAUUAAAUCAAUUCAACGCAGAACGUACGUGCGCUGUAAAGGAUAAUAAAAAAAAUAACAACUUCCACUCAAUUCGACUCAAUUCAGUUUUAAUCAAUGCAAAUGCCAGACUCAGCGAACACAAUAUUCAACAAAUGAUCAACGCGCGGCGCAUAAAUUAAUAUAUUAAUUAAAUACAAAAAUCAACAAAAGUGGCCAAAGUCAGAAAAGAGAAAAGAGUGUGAUCAGACAUUCGUGUCGCGGAUCGGCGGACCCCAGAAUGGCAGCUUCUCGGCCCCGCUGCUGCACAACCAUCGCAAUCAC